UUUCCAAUGCGAGCGUGUACACGCGGGUCAGCUCUGUUUAUGCUACUCUGAUCUCCUGCGCGCGCUCCGUGUGCACGCGCGCUGAACAGGAUGAUCUUGUUACAUUGUAGCACGGCGUAACUGUGCCUCAUAAAGAGGAAGAGCAUUCGAUCCAUGAUAAUAGUGCGUUUUUAAAGUUUCAAAUCGGACACAUUCGAAUUCUUGUGGACCUCGAAAACGCUUGGAGCGCCGAAAGCGGAAGAGAGAGAUCCGGAUUUACGCAGCGCACGGGGUUCGGUGUCGGAUGGUGAUUCCGGAUUCGGUCUUGACCAUCGAGAGCCCCGUGGAUGACCUCCAGAAGCAUGUAUCCGCACGGAAGACCUCAGGCUCCGCUGGUCUCCGGCCAUGCCGGCAUGAAAUUCACAGUGCUGGAAACUCUUGACCAUAUAAAAGAGGAAUUCCAGCUUUUCCAGGCCCAGUACCACAGUCUAAAGUUGGAAUGUGAGAAGUUGGCGAGCGAGAAAACGGAGAUGCACAGGCAUUAUAUCAUGUAUUAUGAAAUGUCUUACGGACUGAACAUUGAAAUGCAGAAACAGGCAGAGAUUGUAAAGCGGCUCAGUGCUAUAUGCACUCAGAUCAUUCCACUGCUGUCCCAAGAGCAUCAACAUCAGGUCGCCCAAGCAGUCGAGCGAUCGAAACAUGUGAGCAUGGCAGAACUCAACGCUAUCAUUGGGCAACAGCAGUUCCAGCAUCUUUCCCAUCACGGCUCAGGCUUUACCCUGACGCCACACCCCUCAGGACUGACACUGGGAGCGGGUGCGAGCCUUAUGCCAUUACCUGGGGCCUUUCCGUUCCCUCUGCACCUGCUCCCUAAAGAUGACCUCACUCACCCUGAGCCUGUGGACUCCAGAGAUGGAGCCCCAAACAGGAGUGGUAGCAGCUCUCCGGUGGGCCAUCGGUCUUCAGGGCUGCGACUCGGUCUUCCUCCUCCCCCGACCUCCUCCUCUUCCUCUCACACUGAGACAGACAAUAAGAGGAGCACCACAGAUCAGACCAGCACAGGGGAGAGUGGCUGUAAAAAUGAAGACGCUCUGAGAAAAGAUGGCACUAAAGAGAAAAGUGCUUCACCCACAGGAGUCUCUCCGAGGUCUGCUGAAGGAAACGGACUGAGCAGCUCUCCUGUUCUCCGGAAGAAUCUGUCCAGAGAAGGCCGCUCCCCCUCAUCCUCCCCUCGCUCACAGCCGCGCUCUCCUGGUCUCUGCAAGAGCCCCACACAGGUACGUCGCAAGGAGAAAGCGAGAUCUCCCUCUCCUUCAGCAUCUCAUGAAUCUCUCUCUCCUGGCUCUCCUCCGCCUCCCCCUUGCCCCCUCUCCUCCUCUGCCCACGGCCCGUCACCCGCUCUCAAACACUAGGACCCACUCCUGUCCAUGGAGUGAGACUAGUGAAAGAGAGCUGCCACCCCUCCCCAGCCCGCCCUUCCCAGAAAACACCAGGUCGGCCCCAGAGAGCAGGGGUCUGGGCAUCAGGUGCCUUGUCAGAAACCCUACAUCCAUCCUCGUGGCCAUUUGAGCCAAACUCUGAGCAAACUGCACCUGUGUUCCCACAAACAGGGAGUAAAUCUGUCAGCCAAUUAGAAAGCAAGCUGAAUACUCUGUGUGACCGCCAAAUGGAGGCAAGAAGUGUUUCACCAUAUCGUCUCCCACACAGAAAUGGACUGAACUUAUUUUACUGCCAAUUUUUUCAAAUUCUGACAUCAAAAAGAGUUCAAGAAAAGACAUGGAAACUUCUAGACCAAUGGACAUUAAAGUUGUUCCUGUUAUACACAGCAAACACUUGUUUUCACACAACUUUUUACUGUUUUAAAAGGCUCAAGUGAGUCACUUGUUUUCCCUCUCUGAACCUGACCCCUGAAUAAAAAUGUAAUUUUGAUU